AUGGUACGAAAUGAUCAAUGCAUGUUCAACUUGAAGGCUCCUGAAGGUGAAAGGUACAAGAAGCCGACCGGUUGGUUGACCAAUAACCAAACUGUUGCCGAGAGGCUCUCAAAGGUCUGUGGCAAGGAUCACGUCCACCGGCCAGUGUUUGGCAAUGGUCCUGGUGGCUCUAGGGCAAAACAGGCCCAGGAGUAUCCAGCUGAACUGGUACGAACCAUCCUGCAGGCAUACGCCGACACCAUCGACCAGGAGCACAGCGUGCGACACCACAUCCAUGUCACCACCUUGGACGGCCUGAUGAACGAGAUCUACCGCACUGAGAAUGUCCUCCUCGAAUGCUUCAACUUGAAAGCUCAUGAGUAUAUGGCCACAGACCACCCUGAGGAGAAUGCCGACGUACAGCCCGAGAACGCCCUUGUCGAUGAUGCGGUGAUUGAGGAGCCAGCAGAGGGACAGGCUGAUCUGCCUGGACGACGACUACCAAGAGAACGAGGCCUGAACACCUUCCAACUGGUACGGAGGGCCCACUGUGGACUGGGACACAUCGGAAACGACAAGUUAGCAAGGAUCUUGCAGAAUGCAGGGGCCAAGAAGGAGGCCAUUGAGUACGCAAAGAAACUGACAUGUGAUGUUUGCCAGAAACACAAGAGGAUUGCCCCUGCUAGGGCUGCAGCACCACCACGAGACUUCACUCCGAACCAAGUAGUGGGAGUGGAUACAGUCCAUCUACCAGGUCUGAAAGCAGGGGGCAAACUGAGGAUGGCUCUCAACAUAGUAGACUGGGCUACCAGGUUUCAACUGGUGAUACCGCUGGAGGAUCACACACCGCGAUCCGCCUCACGGGCCCUAUUCCAAUGGAUCCGCAUCUUUGGACCUCCCGAGCGAAUCUACAGCGACCUGGGUAAGGAGUUCCGUGGAUGCUUUCAGAACAUGAUGGACCAGCAAUCCAUCGUCUUGGAUCCCGGGGCCUUAGAAACACCAACCCAAAGGUCAAUCACUGAGAGGGCCGGCAAGUCCUUUAAGGAGGUACUUUCAAGGACACUUAUGGAAGUCACCUGUACUACCUGGGAAGAAUGGCACGAGGCAGUUGAUGUGACCACGGCCACGAUCAACCGACUGGCCAACAAAUCGGGAUUUAGCCCCGUCCAGAGAAUGCUGGGGUACAGUCCUCGAAUCCCUGGAACUAACCUGAGUGGAGGCUUCAACGACCAUGCCACCGCUUCAAGGUACCAGGCUGGUGAUCUCCAAGUACAACGUUCUGCAGAUUUACGACAAGCCGCAGCCAUUGCCUAUCACAAGGCGGACUGUGACCAGGCCCUACGGAAUGCACUACAUGCUGGACAUCGAAAAUGGCAUCACUAUGAAGUAGGUCAAACGGUGUACUACUGGAAGAAGGGCAUGCAGGGAGCCAAGAAGGACAACCCGUCAUUCUGGCAUGGACCGGCAAAGGUCAUUUUGACCAACUUACCCAACACUGUAUGGGUUGCACAUCGCAGCCACGUCGUGAAAGCAAGUCCUGAACAUCUACGACCGGCAGUGGACGAGGAGAAGUUUGUCAUCACCGACUGGAUCCAGGACCUUGUGGAGACCAAGAAGAAGCUUCAGGAAAAGGACUUCAAGGGCUACAUCGUCCUCGAUGAGAAACCCCCGGAGGAGGACCAGACCAUUGAGGAUGACGAGGAGAUCCCACCACAAAAACCGAAGUUCAGACUGACAGGAAAGCAUGCAGCGGCCGAGGUUGAGUUUCAACCAGAUAUCUAUGAUGAGAAACGACAGAAGCUGAACCCGCCGGAACCUGCAGGGAGUACCUUGGUGGAACCGCCACUGACUGAAGCCAUCCCUGAGGGCAUCCAGCCUGACGAUGGCAUCUUUGAUGACCCGGAAGAACAGCCAGAGAUUGACUCCCCAGACGUGGUGCCAACUACACCGCUACCGGACGAGACGGAAGAUGAGAGGGUCGGCAACGAUGCACUACCUCCUGCUGAAGAACAUCAUCGUGGACAAGUUCGACAUGCCGAUCAUCCAGAAGAAGGAGAACCUCCUGCUAAACGACACCGAAUGGAACUUUUAGAGACUCUCUACAACGUGCUUGAGAAGAUCACGAUGACCCGGAACAGGAAAGAAGUCUCCUACGGCCGACUACAGCUGACCAACAAGAAGAAGUUUGACCGAGCUAUCUCCAAGGAGAUCCAGAACAACCUGAAGUCAGGAGCAUAUGAAGUACUGAGCAGAGAAGAAUCUGAGAGGAUUAGAAGGGAGAAGGGGGACCUGAUCAUGAAGAGCAGGUAUGUCCUCACUGAGAAGGCCGUUGAACCUCACGAAGUAGAAGUUCUGAAGAAGGAGGGCCUGCCACUAGAUGACGAAACUGGUGAAAUGCUGAAGGCCAAAGCCCGCCAUGUAAUGAAGGGAUACUCAGAGGCUAACGCCGAGAACCUGGAGUCAACAACUCCACAGGUUGCCAAGGACACCGUGAUGUUCACACUUCAGAUGUUGGCCAGUCAUCAGUGGAUGAUUGGUCAUCUGGACUUCACCCAGGCCUUCCACUCAGGAGACCAGAUUCAAAGAGAACUGUACUGCUCUCUUCCUCCAGAAGGGAUUCCUGGCCUUCAUCCUCGGCAACUACUCCGACUUCGAAAGACAUGCUAUGGAUUAACUGAUGGUCCAUACGCAUGGUACCAACACCUAUCCCGAGUGUUGGAAGGCAGGGGAUACCAGAGAAGUAGGGCAGACCCGUGUCUGUUCCAGCUGUUCGACCAAGACAAACAGAAGCUCAUCGGGAUCAUCGCCUUGGCCACCGAUGACAUGCUACAUGGUGGAGAAGCGGCUUACUGGGAACAUAUGGAAUGGCUCCGUUCCCAGUACAAGAUGGGAAAAUACACCACUGGAAACGGAAAGUUCACUGGAAAGACCAUCGAGCAACAACCAAGUGGCGCCAUCCUCUUACACCAGAAAACCUAUAUCGAGGAGAAGGUCAAUCUGAUCCCUAUGAAACGAGAACGAAAACGACAAAGGUACUCUACAUGCUCAGCCAUUGAGGUGAACCAGCUGCGAACCCUACUUGGAGCUCUGGCAUGGGUCGCCAAGGAAACCAGGCCAGACGUGGCCGGCCGAGUGGCACUGCUCCAACAGUCGAUGCCACUUCCAAUUAUCAAAGACAUCAUCGAGGCCAAUGCCGUGGCCGAGGAGCUGAAGAAGGACCCUGGAAAUGCCGGAGGCAACUACAUGGAAGAGAACAACAAGGACUACUGGGAAGAGACGGAAUUCAGCUGGGUACGACAUCACGUCCUGCCGAGGAGACUGCUCUUCCACCCUGGUGCUGCACCCCAUGGACCCGAUCUACAUAAGAUCUCGAGGACAAGAUCAACGAUCUGUAACAACAAGGAGAUGACGGACAAUUGGGAUGACAAGGAGGCCAUCAGGGAGAAGCAUAACGAGCCAUGGACAGGAACAACCACGUUUCAGAAGACCGAGAUUGAAGAGGAGACCCGGAGACCCAUCAACGAACGUUUUCUCCAACUUGCCAAGAAGCAUAGCCAAGGUGGCUACCUCUUGAUCUACUACGAUGACAAGUUGGAGACCACCGACGACAUGGCCAACAUCACAAUUGCAAGCUGGAAAAGCUACAAGCUGAAGAGGUGUACCGUCAACACCCUAUCAGCAGAAUGCCAAUCGAUGCUACAGGGGAUUGGCAACCUCCAUUGGCAUCGGUUCCUCUUGGCAGAGGUCUUAGCAAAGGACCUUUCACUGGAGAACUGGGAGCGCCAACUUGGUAAGCUGCCAUUCAUUGCUGUGACAGAUUCCCGGUCGCUCUAUGACACGAUCACGAAAUGCAGGAACACUUCGGCGCACAUCGAUGACAAGAGGACGGCCAUUGACUUGACCAUCUUGAAAGGCGACCUUGAGACCACUGGCGGCCAGGAGGUUUGGCAGAAUGCUCGUGAGUUCCAGGUCCACAAGUUCAGAACAGAUGACUACGCUUCUUGUGUUGUCAACUUGGGAGACAACGGCACGCACAACAACAGGCUGGAAACCUGCAAAUUUGAUGGACGGGGUCAUCCGUGGUUGGCAGCCGUCCAGUGCUGCGAGGAUUGGUCCCUUCAUCCUGUGCAGAAGUGGCUGGCAUUUGGUUUGCAAUCUCUCGGCUGGCUAUGCGACCUUUUGGACCUGUGA